UAAAGCAAUAGGUUCGUAACAUUUCCAUACCAGUUACUUAAAAGAGCUCAAUCACGUCGCCAUCAACGCUCGUCAGGCAUAUCGUCAAGCGUACACUCGCAGGCGGUGUUAAUAAAUUCAAGCAAGGCAAAAUUAUGGUCAUAACACACAAUGUUAAGGGCUACGAAGAGUUCUCCAAGAAAAUGGAGGAACUAGAAACCGGUGACGGCAACAACCAAGUGCAUGUCCUCUUCAGUGGUGGCAAAGACGAAAAUGGCGAGAGCUGGUGUCCAUAUUGUGUCAAGGCUGAGCCGGUGAUACAUGAUGCAUUGAAGAAGGCCCCUGAGAACUCCCACUUUGUGCAUGUCGAUGUUGGCGAGCGUUCAUACUGGAAAGACUUGAAUUGUCCAUUCCGCAAGGAUCCAAACACCCAUCUGAUUUUCUUGCCAACACUGCUGCGCUGGAAGUCGCCACAGCGAUUGGACGGCGAACGCUGCUCCAACAAGGAUCUGGUCGAGAUGAUGUUCGAGGAUGAGGAAUGAUUACACAAGCAACUCCAAAUUAAUGGCAGCCUCCAUUGCACAUAUUUACAACA